ACUCCCAAAACCUCCAACCUUGGAAUCUCCGAACCCCCUUGAAACCUUUGUCAACAUCAACAACUAUACUUAAACCUCCUAUAUAUAAUGUAAUGUACUACACCUUAAAAGUAAAACAACAUCAAAACUCUGAACUCUCUCUCUUUCUCUCCUGCAUCUUCUCUAUUUCUGUAGAAUCCUCCAAUGGCAGCCACAGCCGGUGCAUCACCAUUGAUCUCCAUGCACUCUCGCCCUUCUCACUCCUUCCAACAUGGCUUGACAACGCUAAGGGUUUCUGGUUUGAAGCCAGUUUCGCUUUGUUAUUAUGGAAGAAGCAACCUCUCUUUUAGGAUGCGACCACCGCCAGUUCGUCUUCAGGUUUCUUGUGCCCCCAAACCAGAGACUGUAGAAAAGGUGUGUAAUAUAGUGAAGAAGCAGCUGGCUUUACCUGAUGACUCUACAGUUACUGGCGAGUCAAAAUUUGCAGCACUUGGGGCUGACUCUCUCGACACGGUUGAGAUCGUGAUGGGACUCGAGGAGGAAUUUGGGAUCAGUGUAGAAGAGGAGAGUGCCCAGAGCAUUGCAACUGUUCAGGAUGCAGCAGAUCUCAUUGAGAAGCUCAUUGAGAAAAAGUGAGGAAAAGGGCGCAUCGAAGUAACAUUCAACC